AUGGUGGGACUACUUGUAACCAUCUUCUACGCUGAUGAUAUCGCUCUGGAGGAAAGCAAAGGAGAUCAAUGUACGGAAACGGCCGAUAUCGCUGUCGUAAAGGGGUCUCGCUUGAACGUGAAGAGGUCUAUGUUCCUCAGUGUCAAAGAGUACACGGUGUCAGUCGUAGACGGUCCUGUAGAAGUCAUCGAGAGUUGGUUGGACGCGACUGGGCCGGGUCAGAAACCAUGA